UCUCAUCUAUAUAAAAACCUCAUUUCUUCUCAAUCAAAUCAAAACACCAUCUGACAAAAUCGAAUACAUCACACCAAAAAAAUCAAUUAAUUUUCUCAGUUCGAAUUUAAUUUUCCGGUGAAAAUGUCAGGCCGAGGAAAGGGAGGAAAAGGAUUGGGUAAAGGAGGAGCAAAGAGGCAUCGUAAAGUUCUACGAGACAACAUCCAAGGGAUUACGAAACCUGCGAUUCGUCGUCUCGCGAGAAGAGGAGGCGUGAAGCGUAUCAGUGGUCUGAUCUACGAAGAGACUCGCGGCGUACUCAAGAUCUUUCUCGAGAACGUGAUUCGUGACGCCGUUACUUACACGGAGCACGCUCGCCGGAAAACUGUUACGGCGAUGGACGUCGUUUACGCUCUCAAGAGACAAGGUCGCACUCUGUACGGAUUCGGCGGCUAAAAAAACUUGUCAAAUGUUGUUCGAUUCGCAUUUUUGUAAAAUCUUCAGUUUCUAGGGAUUUCAGAUUUGCGAUUUCAUUAGUUUAAUAUUGUUAAAUGUAUUGAAAAAAUUAUCCACAUGGAGUUUAAUCAUUCAUUAAUCGUAAACGUUGAUUUAUUAAAAA